GAGAAAAUUAAUAAGGGAAAUAUACUUUUUUUUGAAUGAAUGAGAAUAAAAACAGAAAUAUCAAACCCCCUGAGAUGUAGGAAAACAGUACUGGAAAGACUAUUGAUCUUGUAUUUUGAAUAGAGGUUGAAAAAAAUUCUAACUCUCACUUGCCUCAUCUAUUUAACCAAACUACCUUACAAGAUAGUUUGGGAGGUUAAAUAGGAUGAUGCUGUGUACAAUAACUAUUAAUAAUAGUAGAAAGAACUAUUUGACAAAGAAGCCUAACAAGAGUUUGCCAGAUAUGUAUUAGGAGAUACAAGAGUAUAUGAUUUCCCUAAAAUUACAUCCUCAAAGUGUCAGGGAAGAGAGUUCCUUGAUUCUGGAAAAUGAGCACCGGGAGAGGUUUUCUCCAAGGACUUUGCAAAAGGCCUUGGCCUGAGGGCUUCUAUUAGUAUAGUAACCAAGAUUCUCCAGAGAAGCAACCAUUGUUAUCUGUAUCUGUCUAGAAAAAGCUCCUUUAUGGGAAUUGGUUCAUGCAAGUAUGAAGGAAAAGAAAUUCCAUCACCUGUCAUUUGUAGAUGUGGUUCCAGCCUGAAUCUGAAGGCCUGAGAACCAGAUGCUGGUGGUGUAUGUUCCAAGAAGAGGACAGAAGACCCAUGUCCCAGUUCAACCAGUCAAACAAAGAGAAAUUCUCCCUUCUGCUUUUUUUUUUUUUGUUCUAUUCUGGUUCUCGGUGAACUGGAUGAAACUUUCUCACAGUGUAGGUGAACACUGCAGAUACAGUGAGAUAUAAUGUGUGUAAAAAUACCUGCGCACCCAGAGAUCUAAUCAAGUUGAUGUGCAAAGUUUACAAUAGAAUGUUAAGAAAAGAAGACAUUUUUCCAGAAUCCAAUGGAGGGAAAGUUGUUGAUAUUGAAUUAAAUGUUGUAAUGUCAUUCACAAGUUAGAGAUAUGCAGCCAAAUGAAAAUUAUUAUGCAUUGUCAUUUGUUAAAAUGCAAAACUUUUAGAUUAAAUAUCAGAUUUUUAAACAUUGUAUUUAAGUGCAGAAGUAACUUUUUAGAUUAUGUUGAAAGGACUGAUAUCUUUAAAUUUGGGACUGUGUAAGCACAUAUAUGAGUAUAUGGCUUUCUGCUUUUGGGGGAUACCAAAAUAGACCUUUCUCUGAAUUCCAUUUUCCAUGAAUGUUUGAGGCCUUUUUGUAUGGCAUAUUGGUAAGCUUUAUCUAUGUAUAUAAACUUGGUUGAUGAAGGAAUUGUAUGUGAAGACUUUUUUCUUAGAAGUGUUCAAUUAUUUGGAAUAUGUAUCCUUGAAGUUAUAAAUUAUAGUUGGAGUGACGUCUUGAGAUUGAGUAUUUUAUGUUGUUUAAGAUAUGUGAUUUUUAGGGGCUGUUGGAGAGACUGUAAGGUUGUAAAUAAACAUGCCUGUUUUAUAAAUAGCAUCUCUUAUAGAUAGUUUUGUGAAUGCUUCCUGCUGGGAUCAUGUGACAUUUCCUCUGUUGAACUGACUUGGCAUUCUUGUUGAGAAGAGAAAAGCUGCAGGAAUUUACCGAACAUUUUUUUUCCUCCAGAUUACCCUUUAAUCUUCGAGUUUUCAGCUAAUGUCAUUGUCACAGAAACUCUCGGAGAAAGGUACUAUUGUCCACUUUUGGUAUGAGACAGGAAUGUGGUUCAGGAUAUAGUGGCAACAAGUUCAAACCCAGAUGUCUGUUUUCAGCAGCUGUCCACAACCACUAAUCAUGUUUGGAGGAGAAUAAUAACUAACAUUUUAAGAAAACACUUACCCUAAGGUGCUAAGUGCUUUAAAGAUUUAAUUUUGUUUACUCUCCAACCGGUGUUUUAGACAAGUAGCAUUUUAAAUCUUCAUCUUAAGUGGAGAAAUAGAUUUAUGUAGUUAGCUUGUCCUAAGUUGAACAGUGGUGAAUCAAGCCAUUGGGAUUCCCCACACUGGCAUCUAAGCCAUUUCAUUAGUGUCCUAUUCAUGAAGCUACAGUCAGGGAGAGACGUUUUACUUUGGUUUUCAUGAGAGUUUCAUGGUUCGGUUUCAGAGCUGUUUAAGACUAUGUAAAGUUGCAAUUUUGCUGUUGAAUUCAUCAUUUUUAUUCAUUUUCCUCUGACCCCCCCAUGUCUUAUUAUUUUUUAAAGCCAGCAAUGCUACAACAUUCUGUUUUCUGGUUAAAGCUGUUGCUGAGGAAGGGAUAGUUGAUCCUUCAGACCCUUCUAGAAAGUCUUUGAUUGUUUAUGAUUUCAUGAAAUUUGGGGGGAAAAAAAGAGACUGUAGUUAUUUUGGGUUGGGGGUUUGGUAGGAUAAACAAAUUGCUUUGGUUGAAGGAGAAAUGCCUUGUCUUUAUUGUCAGGCACAGCUAUAAAACUACUGCAAUUUUGAAAAACUUCAGAAAUACCAAUUUCUUAAAUACUGAUUUAGGGCAGGGGAUAAUUUUUUCUUGUUUACAUUGUAUCCUCGGGCCUAGCAUAAUUCGUGAGUUUAAUAGCUACUCAGUACAUAGAAUAAUUAGUUUUUUACCAGAAAUUCUUAUAUCACACAUAAAUACAGAUUUAAUGCUUUAAUUCUGAAUAGCAAUGCAAGAGAAAACAAGACAUACAUAAAUGCCUGUAUGUUAAAAUAUGUACUUGAAUUAUACUCAACGUUGUUAAUGCAAAAAUAAUACUAGAAUAAAAAUUUGACAAUUUGUUGGGAUGACCAUUUCACUUUCUCUUUAGCCUUUUUGUAGGCGAGAGAGAAUUCUCAGGGGUCUCGUUGGUGGUUUUGUUACGCCUUCACCUCUGCCUUGCUUUCUGUUUGCAGUGACGGUGAGGGCAAACUUCGGCUCCUAAGUUACCCAUUCAUUUUAAUUGCCACUCAAUGAUUCAUUCAGGCGGUCUCUGGUGAAAGGGAUGGAGUCUGCCGACUUGGUAUCAGAAGCUAUUUGUGGCUGCUUAAAACAUACCCUACAUGAAUGAUUCUCCUGUGAAGAGUUGUCACUGCUGGUGUAGAAGCAACAUAAGCUUCAGAUUAUAUCCUGAGACGAUGUGGGAUUUUCAUAGAAACCUCCCAGGGCCAAUGGUUGGAGCGUCUUUGAUGAAACAGAGCGGAACUUAAAAACUGAAGCUGAAGUUUCUCUAAUGUUGUGUCUGAAGGAUAUUUCGAAGAUGGUUUGGCUGCCUUGGAGAUUUGGAGAUCUGAUGCCACGAUGAGGACUCACACACGGGGGGCUCCCAGUGUGUUUUUCAUAUAUUUGCUUGGCUUUGUGUCAGCCUAUGUUACUGACGAGAACCCAGAAGUCAUGAUUCCCUUCACCAAUGCCAAUUACGACAGUCAUCCCAUGUUGUACUUCUCCAGGUCAGAGGUGGUGCAGCUGCAACUGAAGGCAGCCAGCACGCAUGAGCACAUUGCAGCCCGAAUCACGGAGGCUGUGCACACUAUGCUGUCCAGCCCACUGGAGUACCUGCCUCCCUGGGAUCCCAAGGAAUACAGUGCUCGCUGGAAUGAAAUUUAUGGAAACAACUUGGGUGCUUUGGCGAUGUACUGUGUGCUCUAUCCUGAGAACGUCGAAGCCCGAGACAUGGCCAAGGACUACAUGGAGAGGAUGGCAGCGCAGCCUAGUUGGUUGGUGAAAGACGCCCCUUGGGAUGAAGUCCCCCUUGCUCACUCACUGGUUGGUUUUGCCACCGCUUAUGACUUCUUGUACAGCUAUCUAAGCAAGACACAAAAGGAGAAGUUUCUUGAAGUGAUUGCCAAUGCUUCGGGAUAUAUGUAUGAAACGUCCUACAGAAGAGGGUGGGGAUUUCAGUACCUGCAUAACCAUCAGCCCACCAACUGCAUGGCUUUGCUCACAGGAAGCUUAGUUCUCAUGAAUCAAGGGUAUCUUCAAGAAGCCUACUUAUGGACCAAACAAGUUCUGACCAUCAUGGAAAAAUCUCUGGUUUUACUGCGAGAGGUGACAGACGGCUCUCUCUAUGAAGGAGUUGCAUAUGGCAGCUACACCACUAGAUCACUCUUUCAAUAUAUGUUUCUUGUUCAGAGGCACUUUGAUAUCAACCACUUUGGCCAUCCAUGGCUUAAGCAACACUUUGCUUUUAUGUAUAGAACCAUCUUACCAGGGUUUCAAAGGACAGUGGCUAUUGCAGACUCAAAUUACAAUUGGUUUUAUGGUCCAGAAAGCCAAUUAGUGUUCCUGGAUAAAUUUGUCAUGCGUAAUGGCAGUGGCAACUGGCUGGCUGAUCAAAUCAGAAAGAAUCGCGUGGUGGAAGGGCCUGGCACCCCAUCCAAAGGCCAGCGCUGGUGCACGCUACACACGGAAUUUCUCUGGUAUGAUGCCAACCUGAAAUCAGUUCCUCCUUCCGAUUUUGGCACCCCUACCUUGCAUUAUUUUGAAGACUGGGGCGUUGUGACGUAUGGCAGUGCACUACCAGCAGAAAUCAAUAGGUCUUUCCUUUCCUUCAAGUCAGGAAAACUUGGGGGACGUGCAAUAUAUGACAUCGUUCACGGAAACAAAUACAAAGACUGGAUCAAAGGAUGGAGAAAUUUUAAUGCAGGACAUGAACAUCCUGAUCAAAACUCAUUUACUUUUGCUCCCAAUGGUGUGCCUUUUAUUACUGAGGCUCUCUAUGGGCCCAAGUACACCUUCUUCAACAAUGUCUUGAUGUUUUCCCCAGCUGUGUCAAAGAGCUGCUUUUCUCCCUGGGAGGGUCAGGUCACAGAAGAUUGCUCGUCAAAGUGGUCUAAAUACAAGCAUGAUUUGGCAGCCAGCUGUCAGGGGAGAGUGGUUGCUGCAGUGGAGAAAAGCGGGGUGGUUUUCAUCCGAGGAGAAGGCGUGGGAGCCUACAAUCCCCAGCUCAAUCUGAAGAACAUUCAAAGGAACCUCAUCCUCCUCCACCCACAGCUUCUCCUCCUCGUGGACGAGAUACACCUGGGAGAGGACAGCGCCCUGCAGACAGCAGCAAGUUUUUUCCACAAUGUGGAUGUUCCUUUUGAGGAGACGGAGGUCGAUGGGGUCCAUGGGGCUUUCAUCAGACAGCGAGAUGGUCUUUACAAAAUGUACUGGAUGGAUGACACUGGCUACAGUGAGAAGGCCACAUUUGCCUCGGUGACGUACCCCCGGGGCUAUCCUUACAAUGGGACAAACUAUGUGAAUGUCACCAUGCACCUCCGAAGUCCUGUCACCAGGGCAGCAUACCUCUUCAUAGGACCCUCUGUAGAUGUUCAGAGCUUCAGCAUCCACAGCAGCUCCCAGCAGCUGGAUGUGUUCAUAGCCACCAGCGAACAUGCCUACACAACCUACCUGUGGAUGGGUGAGCCCUCAGGACAGUCUGCCUUCGCACAAGUCAUUGCAGAUCACCAGAAAAUUCUGUUUGACCGCAGUUCAGCCAUCAAGAGCACCAGUGUCCCUGAGGUGAAGGACUACGCUGCUAUUGUGGAACAGAACCUACAGCAUUUUAAGCCAGUGUUCCAGCUGCUGGAGAAGCAGAUCCUGUCCCGCGUCCGAAAUACAGCCAGCUUUAGAAAGACCGCGGAGCGCCUGCUGAGAUUUUCAGACAAGAGACAGACUGAAGAGGCCAUUGACAGGAUUUUUGCCAUAUCUCAGCAACAGCAGCAGAGGCAAAGCAAGUCAAGGAAAAACCGAAGGGCAGGCAAACGCUAUAAGUUUGUGGAUGCUGUCCCUGACAUUUUUGCACAGAUCGAAGUGAAUGAGAAGAAGAUACGACAGAAGGCUCAGAUUUUGGCACAGAAAGAGCUACCCAUAGAUGAAGAUGAAGAAAUGAAAGACCUUUUAGAUUUUGCAGAUGUAACUUACGAGAAACAUAAAAAUGGGGAUUUGAUGAAAGGUGGCUUUGUACAGGCACGGAUGGGAACAACCGCUCACAGCAGAGCCCCAUCCCUAUCAGCUUCCUAUACCAGACUCUUUCUGAUUCUGAACAUUGCUAUUUUCUUUGUCAUGUUGGCAAUGCAACUGACUUAUUUCCAGAGGGCUCAGAGCCUACAUGGCCAAAGAUGUCUUUAUGCAGUCCUUCUACUAGAUAGCUGUAUUUUAUUGUGGUUGUACUCAUCCUGUUCCCAGUCACAGUGUUAGCACUGAAAUGCUGAAUGGUUAGAUCAUUUUGUGAUUAGGGGAGACCAUACAAAAGAAAAGAAAAAAAAACAUCCCCUUAGCUUGUUAUUGAUUUUUUUUCAUUUUCACUUUAACAAAUUAAGGGAAAAUAUUUUUGCACAAGAAAGCAGGGAAGUGGAAUAAUCGGAGUUGGAGACUUUAUAUCAGAGAAUCAGGAGAGUAGCUGGGUUGUUCCAUGCUGGUUCUAGAAGUGUUUGACUACACUGAUACCAUAGUCCAUAAAAUAUUACUCUUAGAAGAAACAAAAAGUACUUUUCAUAGUAAAUUUUUCCUUUGGAGAAAAAAGAGAAAUAUGAUUGGAGUCUAUUAAUAAUAAUUUAAUGCUAUCAGCAGUUUCCAGAUACUGAGUUAGGGAGAAGAUUGUAGAACAUGAACAUGUAAAGAAUACAGACUUUUAAAAAUGGUGUAGUCAGCUUGAAAAGGAAGUUGUUAAGUCCUGAUGUCCACUUCCUUGGAAAAGCAGAUCCUUGGUCGAAUGACAGAGUCAGUUAUUACAGGAUCUGGAAGACAGUUCAGAUAACAUAGUCAAAAUGAUGCAACAGUUUGUUAAAGACUUGAGGUAGAUUUUCAGUAGAAAACAUAUUACUCUGAAUGAAUAUUUCCUUGAUGGUGUUGGUCUUUGUAAGCAUAUAAUUGAUUUCUUUUAUACAUUCAUUCAUUGACUUUUUAAUAAAUAAGAGAAUUUCAGAUAACUUAAUAUUUUAUAGUAAUUUCCUUAUAUGAAAAACUGUUGUAGACGUCAUGACUAAACUUUUUGAAACGGAAUAUUUUAUAUGCUGAACGUUGACUGUAAUACCAAAGAAAAUGGGGAAUCUGAAAUUUGAAUAUAAUCCUUACGUUUUUUAAUAGAAAAUUUUCAAGUUUAUUUUGCUAAAUAAACAUCGUAACUGAGA